CAGUUCAUUCAUUCAUUCAUCUUCCGAACCGCUUGAUCCUCACUAGGGUCGCGGGGGGUGCUGGAGCCUAUCCCAGCUGUCUCCGGGCAGUAGGCGCGGGACACCCUGAAUCGGUUGCCAGCCAAACUGGGCUCUCCACCUAUUAUUAAACUUCAUCCAGCCACCCAUUUUCUAAUCCCUUCUCCACAGGAGGGUGACGGAGCCGAUCCCAGGUUCGAUUGGCUGGCGACCGGUUCGGGGUGUGCCCAAUGACGGCCGGGAUAGGCUCCGGCACGCCCGCGAAACCUCCCGCGGCAAAGCGGAUGAAAAAAAAUAGACGGAUGGAUGGAUGCAUGACCGGCGACGUGAUUUUGGACGCGGUCUACUGUUUUCCAAGAACGGCCCGUCGCAUUCCUGGAAAUUUCCCAGUGCAUGUUCCCCGUGUCGCACGCUCAGACUGCAGCAGUUGCCACGUCACGCAGCCCACUUCUCCAAUCGGAAGAGAUGCGAGCUCCUCUUUCGCGCUGGCUGAUCUCGCCUGGAAGGGGCAGAACGCGUGCCUCAAGGCGGGCUUAAUGACCACAGAGGUGGUUCUAGCAAAAGAGGAGAAAAAAAAAACAACCGACCUGGGGGGGGCGAGCAACGAUUUACGAGGUGGUUCGAAACCGCGAGGCGGGCAGAGAGCAAGUGAUGCUUCAGCACGUCGGACAGCUCCUGCCGGCAACACGAUUGCCGUCGUUUUGGACUUGAGCUCGCCGCCAGUCAAUUUGCCGCAGAUUGUUGCAGGCGGCAGGAUGCCAGGGAACCUGUCGCUGCGGCUCUCCACCCCCGCCGGUCCUGUGUUCAAGGGCUCCGCCCUGCCGCCGGCGCCGAACGCCACCUCGCCCGAGUGGGAGGCGCCGACCUUCACCGUGGCCGCACGCUGCCGCGUGGCCGCCACCCUGGCGCUCUUUGUUUUUGCCGCUCUCAGCAACCUGUCGGUGUUGAUCAGCGUGCGCUGGGGCCGAGGUUAUCGUCUGGCGGCGCACCUGCGUCCCCUCAUCGCCAGCUUGGCCUCAGCCGAUCUGCUGAUGACGUUCGUGGUGAUGCCGCUGGACGCCGUUUGGAAUAUGACGGUGCAGUGGUACGCGGGCGACGUCCUGUGCAAGCUGCUGUGCUUCCUCAAGCUGUUCGCCAUGCACUCGGUAGCCUUCAUCCUGGUUGUGGUGAGCCUGGACCGCUACCGUGCCAUCCUUCAUCCUCUGGAUUCUCUGGACGCCGGCCUGAGGAACAAACGCAUGCUGCUGGUCGCCUGGAUGCUCAGCUUGUUGCUGGCGUCGCCGCAGCUUUUCAUCUUUCGGGCCAUUAAGGCCGAGGGGGCCGACUUCACUCAGUGCGCCAGCCACGGGAGUUUCCGGCACCGCUGGCAGGAGACGGCGUACAACAUGUUUCACUUUGUGACGCUCUAUGUCUUCCCUCUGCUUGUCAUGACCUUCUGCUACGGCCGCAUCCUCGCCAAGAUCACUGGGCAGAUGCGCAAGAGCAAAGAUGGCGAGCGAUGUCUGCGACGCAGCGGCAAAGACCAGAUUCCCAGAGCCCGCAUGAAGACCCUCAAGAUGAGCAUCGUCAUCGUCAGUUCCUUCGUCAUCUGCUGGACCCCGUACUACCUUCUGGGGAUCUGGUACUGGUUCCAACCCACCAUGAUCCGCCACACUCCCGAGUACGUACACCACGUCCUGUUUGUCUUCGGCAACCUGAACACGUGCUGCGACCCCGUCAUCUACGGCUUCUACACCACCUCCUUCCGGGCCGACCUGGCCGACGCGAUGGCGUGCUGCCGCGGCAGACGCGCCGGCGAGGACUCGCCACGCUCCGUCGACGGCCUGGCGGCCCGAAACGCCGCGACGGCGGCGGCCGCGGAGAUGGAGUCGGACCUGAGCUCCAAUCCGCACAGCGGAAACCUGUGAGAGGACAAGAGGGCGUUUUGGUUUGGCUUUUCUUUUCUUUGCGGUUGCUGGCUCUGGGUUCAAGACUGGCUUUCAUACUUUUUGCCUGAUGCAAUUCAACAUCACCUCACCCGUCACGCGGACUGCAGAUGGAAACGUUCUCCCAUCUGGUAACCGCGUUUGGCUAGCUAAUUGGAGAAGAGAGUGAGCCGAGUAGAAAUGGCGCCCGAACGACACCCAAGUUACCAGCCGGACGAUUGGAAGCAAAGCAACACGCUAUUCGACAUAAAACGUGGCCGAACGACGCUGCAGCUCAGAAAACGAAACACCAAAUCCAGUAGCGACCGACCAGAAAAGAAGUCAGCACAGAAAGCCAAUCAACAAUCGGGUAAAUCUCUUACACCGUCGAUCCACAUUUGUAAUUUAUAAGCUCAGGCCUAACAUUACCGGGAAGCCUUUGGGUACACAAAGUCAUCCACUUCUGGCACAGAAACGGUGGAAAAGCUUCAUUUUGCAAACCGUCGUCGGGGUCUUACGCCUGCGACAUCAAGCACACUUUUCUGACUAAAACAUGAAUCUCACUCGAUAUUAUCUCUGAAUGAGUGUAGCUUUUCUUUUUUUCUCCUGCCAAAAUAUAGACAACAGAGUAUUUCUCGCAUGCUUUCGAUAACUUCGUAUGGCUGUGAGAAAACAAAACUUAAACAUGAUGUGUGAUGCGCAAAGUGAUACUCGUUAGUCACUAGUCAGUGUUACACUGGACGAACACGUGGGUUGUACUUGAGUAUUCGAUGUAUUGAAAAAUUGUAACUUUUCUGUCACGGAACUUCUGGUCAUGGUGUUAAAUCCUGCAUUGACCCUUCGAAUAAAUAAAUAACACGAGUCUGUUCUCA